UGUGUUGUAUUAAUGUGAUAACUGAACAACUUACCAGUGCGAUCGAUUAACUAGUUUUGUGUGUGAAAAAUGCAAGAAGUAUGUAGUAAUUUAGACCCCCAAAUGGGAGCACAAAUCAAAUCCGAAUCGCCGUUGAAUGCACUGCAUGUGUCCACAGGCCAGACGAUAUUGCCCAUAGUGCCUGUGGCACCGACGGCAGUACCAGUUACCGUGUCGGUAUCAGCGCCGGCGCAAAUGCCUCUUGUGCCGCAACCGCCACCGCCGCCGCCGCCAGCAGGCAUGCUUGUCAGGAAAAUGGGACCGACUAACUGUGAUAAACGAGUGAGCGCCGCUGAUACCGCAUAUUGGAUGGCCGCCUCAGAGGGGGGCUUCAUCAAUUCACAACCAUCAAUGGCGGAGUUUCUAAAUCAUUUGAGUCCGGAGAGUCCAAAGAUGGGAACACCUGUCGGUGGUAACGGAUAUCCGGUUGGUGUUGGUAUUGGAGUGUCACAAACGCCAGACGGCAUGGAUUCGGUGCCUGAAUACCCUUGGAUGAAGGAGAAGAAAACAUCGCGGAAAAGUCAAAAUAAUAACAAUCAAGCCGACAAUGCAAUAACUGAAUUCGUUCCAGAAAACGGUCUCCCCCGACGAUUGCGUACUGCCUACACCAAUACACAAUUAUUAGAGCUCGAAAAGGAAUUCCAUUUCAACAAGUAUUUAUGUCGGCCACGGCGCAUCGAGAUUGCAGCGAGCUUGGAUCUGACUGAGCGACAAGUCAAGGUGUGGUUUCAAAAUCGACGAAUGAAACAUAAGCGACAAACUCUGUCCAAGACCGAUGAUGAAGACAACAAAGACAGUCUAAAAGGUGAUGAUGAUCAGUCUGAUAGUAACUCCAAUUCAAAGAAAUCAUGUCAAGGAUGUGAACUGCCAUCGGAUGAUAUACCAGAUUCUACAUCGAAUUCACGGGGUCACAACAAUAAUACACCCAGCGCGACCAACAAUAAUGCGAGUGCGGGAAGUUUGACGCCCAACUCGACGCUGGAAUCGGGGAUUUCGUCAAAUCUGCUCGGCAGCUCUACUGUUUCCGCCUCUAAUAUGAUUAGUGCCGAUUCCAGUGUGGCUUCCAGCGUGAGUCUGGACGAAGAUAUGGACGAUAGCCCCGCUAAAGUAAAGAAGAAAGAUGAUAAUCAAAUUGUGAAGAAUGAGGCAGUAUCAACGUCCACCAAAGCGUCACCAUUCCCCUAUGAUUCGCCAAUUGGAAAUGUUGGCAAGAGUGGAAGCAACUCUGCUGCUGCCAACACCGCUGCCAUGUUGUCUAGUAGUGGUGGUUUUCGUCGGAACUCGGAACUCUCUUCUCACAACAAUCAAACGUCGGCGAAUUCGAACUGUGGUUCUAACAGCGAAGUGGGCACACGAACGAAACGAUUUCGAAGCGGCAACAAUGCAAAUGCGGCAAACGUUAACGAAGGUAGCGGCCGUGCUGGCAUGACUGCGUAUUUUCAUGGUGGUUAUUAUCCGAAACAUAGCCAACAUGAGCAACGCCAUCACACACACCACACCCAACAAUCGCAUAUGCAGCCGCCGUCGCAGCCUCAGUUAGCGUUGACGCAAACGCAAUCACCACACGACUAUUACGGCAAAUAUGACAUUGAAUUUGCCGCAUCCGGUUCACCUCAACAUGGAACGCAAUUACCGUUAACAAUGCCAUCGCAGCAUAAGCUUCAGCAAAUGCCGAACGCCAAUCAACUUCAGCACCAGGCUAGUGGUGAAUAUCAGAGCACCAAGCCGGAUUUCAUGAGUAAAAUUUCAACCGAGGUACAUAAUGCAAAACUUCAAUCCGAGUUUCAGCUUUCCAAGUCAGCAACCACUAAUGCAUUCCAAGUCCCACAAACUCACCAUCAGCCGCAUCCACCACCGCAGCAGCAAACUUUCUACAAUCAUGGUGGCGAACCAAUGCCACCAGGUGUCGCUGGGCAGUACAUGAACUAUAAUCACCACAGCGUAGACAAUGGUGGUGUUUAUAUGCAUCCGAGCACUCACGCCGGCGAAUUCGAAGCGACAUCUCUGACAGCUGCAAAUCACUACUAUGAACCCAAGUCACAAACCACGCCGUAUUAUGACCAUUUGAACUUCCAGCCACACCAACAUGAACAACAAAUUCAUGCUGGUUUCCACCACCAUCAAGCGACGCACGAUGCUCAACAACUUCAGCAGCAGCAGCAGCAACAACAACAAAACCACAUUGGCAGUAUAUCCGCUGAAUACAUAGUGGACAGUUCGCCGCUUAUAAAGAUUGGUGGCCCUGCUUCGCCGUCUGUGCCGCCGACAGAUGUAUAUAUGCCGCCAAAUGCCAGCGCUCUGGGUGUACAAAUGGAAAACUGUGACGGUAGUUAUGGUAAUUUUGGCAAUUACUAUGAAAAUGGCCAACCACAGCUGCAACCGCAACCGACCAUGCCACCGCACCACGCUCAUCAUCACCUCCCACAUCCACACCCACACCCACACUCACAUCAUCUACCAACGGGCAAUCAUAUGACCAACGGCGGCAGUAAUUUUGUGAUGAACGGCGGUUCGACACCAAAUGCUCCGGCAUAUCCAAUGGCGGGCAAUGGAGGACCCGGCUCAGUGGCGGGCACCAAUCUCACCGGUAUGGAAAAUUCAAACAGCUCUUCUGAUUUUAAUUUUCUCAGUAAUCUGGCAAACGAUUUUGCCCCUGAGUACUACCAAUUAAGUUAGUUCACUUAAGAUACAUACGUGUAGGUAAAAGACGUGAUCUAGUGAGUUUUAUAAUUGUUUUAUUGUACAGUGUUGUGGUUGUAAUACCGAAGUGCUUCAAUUUGAGUUUUUGCUUAAAUUUCCGGUGUUUGUACAUACAUAUGUAUAUAUUUGUUUCAGUUUAACCAAUAUAUAUUAGCUGGCCAAGAUGCAUGUUUGAACUUAAAAAUCUUUACUUGUGCUUAAAAUGAGAUUUUCUUAUUAAAUUCUGAAAAUUAUUACAGCAGAAAGCUUUUGUUACCACAAUAAAUUUUAUCGUUUUCAACUU